AUGUCUACAACAAUCGCCAUGUCGCCCGAAAAGUCGCAACACACGUCCCUCACCCUGUGGGACAUUGACCGUGUGUUUCAAGAUGCACACGAGGCAUACGAGCAAUGGCAGGCACGUCAUCGCCGCUCUCGGUCCAAGUGGGUAUGCUUUGGUACCAAGAAUCGAGAUGAUGCCAUGGGGAAAGCUCUCAGCCUUGGACGCCAGGUUCAGAGAAUAAUGGAAGCGGGCAAAGAAGCAUUCGGUGUGCGGUUCGAGGAAGGAGACCAGAAAUGCAACACGGUGCUAUCUGCACAACUGCUCCGAGUCCAAUACGAAAUCAGACAGCCACUGUACGACAGUGCAUUCUCAGCAACACCAAUCACACCCAUUGACGACAUCAUUACAACUGCAAAGAGCGUACGCCGCGCCUGCUUAACUGCAUUACGCGACCAAUAUGCCCGCCUCGAAACACCCAUUCUCUCGCCAGUACUUCCCCCACCUCGAUUCAAGGUCGAAUUCUGUCCAUUUGCAGACCAGCUUCGCAAGGACCUCAAGGAAACCAAAACCAGCACUCUACGAGCAAAGAAAGCCUACCCACACGACAAGUAUGACGACCGAGAAAUAUGUCCCCACUGCAGUGCGUGUAUAUCUGUUGCAGCACAUUCCGGACUGCCGGCGUCCAGGUGCAUUCUCUUCACAUCACAUAUCGCACUGGACCCGGUUUCAAGAGACGACAAAGCGACAUUUGCAUGCAACAGCUGCUACAAAACAUUUGACGAUUCCUACGCCUUUCUCGACCACUUCUUCCAAAAGCAGAUUGGCAGCGACCGAAGCUGUCUGCGGCUGUCCAUCACCAAGUCAACAUCGAGCUGGUUCCUGAAUGAGGAAAUCAUUGAGGCGGAUCCUUUACUUGUCGAGCAGUGUCUGAAGAACUGCAUAGCGCGAGAGACUAUGCGUGGCAAACAGCACAAAAGAGCGGGCAGCCGGAUAACCAUACGAGAAGUGCGUUGUUCGGAUUAA